GUUGUAAUCUAUAUAUAUAUAUGAUACACUUAUUAGCAGUCUGUCUUUUUUUAUUAUGUCCACCUGAUCGAUGGUCCUUUUAACUUGUUUGAUGGUACUUGUAGGCAUUGCGGCUAAGCUCUACGAGGUGGUAAUGGGAAUGCAAAGAUGGAUAUCCAGGAAAUCUGAUUCCGAACCCAUGUUCAAAGCUUGACACGAUGCUACUAGCCCAACCGUUGGAGAUGAAAACUAUAUAUCUUGGUUGAAAGAACAUCCUUCCGCUAUAAGCUCCUUCCAACAGAUGAUUAAUGCAUCAAAGGGAAAACAGAUUGUUGUUUUCUUGGAUUAUGAUGGAACCUUGUCACCCAUCGUCUGUGAUCCUGAUCGUGCCUUCAUGUCUGAUCAGAUGCGUGCAGCUGUUCAAGAUGUUUCUAAGCACUUUCCCACGGCUAUCAUCAGCGGCAGGAGUCGCGAAAAGGUUUAUAGCUUUGUAAAAUUAAAUGAAGUGUACUAUUCAGGGAGUCAUGGGAUGGACACCAUGGGACCAGCCCAAAAAAAUCAUUCAUACGAUGACAAAUAUCACUAUAAAACCGUGGAUGAAGAGGGAAACGAAUUUAUCGUCUUCCAACCGGCUAAAGACUUUCUACCCGCAAUUAAAAAGAUGUUGGUCGAAAUGAUGGAGAGAACCAAAAACAUACGAGGAGUGGUGAUUGAGGAUAACAUGUUCUGCCUUUCUGUUCAUUAUCGACACGUUAAAGACGACGAGGAUUAUGAGAGACUAGAACAGGAAGUCAAGUCGAUGUUAGUAAAUUAUCCAGAAUUUCACUUGACGAGUGGCAAAAAGGUGUUGGAAAUUCGACCUUCCAUCGAGUGGAACAAAGGUCACGCCCUUGAGUAUUUAAUCAAUAACUUAGGCUUUGAUAACUCCAAAACCCUCCUACCAAUAUAUAUUGGAGAUGAUACAACCGAUGAGGAUGCUUUUAGGGUUUUAAGGGAAAGGGGCGAAGGAUACCCGAUUGUUGUUUCUUCCAAACCCACCAAGACAAUGGCUUUCCACUCGCUUCACGACCCAUCUGAAGUACUCUCUUUCUUGAUUCGCUUAGGUAGAUGGGGGGGUUCUAACAGCAACCAAGGCUAGAAAUUGGCUCCUGAUGAUAUACCUGUGUAUAUAAUUGGCUCAUUAUUAUAGUUACCAAGGUGGAAAAGAAACAGGUCAUAAGCCAGAAGGGCGUUUAUUAUAGUCGCGUUUCUGGCUACAACUUAAUUUCAUUGGUGUUAGAGAGCUUGUUAUCUAGGUAUUAUGCAAGUUAUCUUGAUAACUUCUUGUUGGUGUUUUGUGACUUUAUUGCAGUGCUUUUAUCUUCAUUUGUAUUAUUCAAAGAUGAAUUCUUAUAAGAAGGAGCUUGAAAA